GCCAGGAACUCGGGAGUUCGCUCGAAUGCAGCGUUUCUGUUUGUUGACGCUUUUCCUGUUCGUGAUCCCCGUUUUAACGUUGAGGAGAUGGACAAUGAAGUUCAGAGACAAUUUGAAGAACUCUUCAACCUCUUAGACGAUCCUCAUCCAGUUGUCCGCUCUACAGGGAUACUUGGAGUUAGUCAGAUAACAUCCAAAUACUGGGAGAUGAUUUCUGCAACAAUUCUUGCAGAGCUUUUAAAAAAACUAAUUGGAGAGCUGGCGUAUGAUGUAACAUCUGCUGAUGUUCGCUGCUCUGUUUUUAAAUGUCUGCCAAUAAUUUUGGACAACAAACUAAGUCACCCAUUACUGGAGCAACUCCUGCCAGCAGCCAAACACAGUCUCCAUGACAAUUCUGAGAAAGUGCGAGUGGCUUUUGUGGAUAUGCUGCUGAAAGUUAAGGCUACCAAAGCAGCUAAGUUCUGGAAAAUCUGUCCCAUGGAGCAUCUCCUGUCUCGUCUUGAAGUUGAUUCACGGUCUGUGUCGCGGCGCAUCGCGAAUCUCCUGUUCAACUCCUUCUUCCCUGUUAACCAGCCUGAGGAUGUGUGGUGUGAGCGCUGCGUUACUCUUAUCCAGAUGAAUUCGGCAGCAGCUAGAAAAUUCUAUCAAUAUGCUUAUGAGUAUACUGCCCCCACCAAUAUAGCUAAAUUGAUGCUAACUAUUCGGCGCUGCUUGAAUGCCUGCAUCCAGAAGGCAGCAAAAGAGAGUUUUCGUAAUGAUGAUGUAGAUGAUGAUGAUGAUGAUGAUGAUGCUGAAAAGGAAAAGGAGAACAUAGGUACGUUGAAUAGUGUGUUGUCAAUAAAUGACAUGAGCUCCAUGGCAAGUUUGUUGGAGAUCAUUGUAAUUCUUUGGAGAAGUAUUCGCAAGUCACUAGAUCACAAUGAAGAUGCCAAAGAAUAUGCCAUCAGAAAAUUUGCUUCUGUACUUCCUGAAUAUUUUAAAGUAUUUAAGGACGAUCGUUGUGUCAUUCCAUUGAUUAUCCUGGCAUCCUUUAUGCCGCCUGCUGCGAUUCCUACAUUCAGCUGUAGUGUGAUUUCAAAACUCAGACAUCUGGACAAUGGAGCUGGUGAAAGCAAAUAUUCCACCCUGAUAGACUGCAUGUGUCGCUGGGGUCAAGUGGGACAUGUUUUGGAGUUGGCUUGUGACUGGUUGUCUGAUGUGCUAACUUCAAGAAAGAACACUAAAACACCCAAACGACGAGUGCGCAUCCACGUAGCUCAGGAAUCGAAGCCAGAAUUAGCGCUUGAUUACAUUGAAUAUUUAUUGACUCAUCCUGUUAAUCGAGGUUGCCUGCUUGCUCUUCCUAAAAAGAAACUGAACCAGCUGUUGAGACUUCUCAGUGCUGCAAAGAAAGUUCUUGGCUCAAUUCUGAAAACAACUGAUACAAGUGCUGGUAGCUGCAGUCAAGCAACUGGCCUAAGAGCUUUCAGCCUGUAUUGCAGAUUGAGUAUUCAUCUUCAGAACAAGUUUUCUGAAGAAGGACAAGAUUAUCUUUCGCAUCUGGAGGAGACAGGUACUUGGAUAAGAAGUCAAGUUGUACCUUUUAUACUCACAAGUGGUCAAGAGGAUGGCAUUUCAGAACACCGUAGUAUUUCCGAGUCGAUUAUCCAGGCCUAUCUGACAGUCUGUAAAGAUGUUAUAAUGGUUGGCCUCGGAAAUCUCAAGUUUCAAGCUCACCUUUUAGAUAUGGCACUCUUGGUAAUGCAGUCAGAGAGAGGUGGCUUUUGUAUUCCAGUACUAUUGUGUGCUCUUAAAGAGAUUAUUGAAGCUUCUUUGGCCCAGAAUAUUGAGCCGGAUGAAGUGGCAGAGGUGCUCAGUGCUGUUCAGACUGUCUUCCAGAAAGUUUUAGAAUGUGUUGCACGGAAGCUUACAAAGCAGCAGGAAGAAGGGCUUCAGUUGAUUCACUCUCUUCAAAUGCCUCUUUGGGAGUUCCUACACACAGUCCAAUGCUGGCAUUCAAGUUGCACAGCAGUUCACAAGGGUGUAGUCUCAACCCUGCUAGCUGCAGUAGUAGCAGAGAUAAAUCAUGCACUGGAGAAGGCUUCCAGCGAAGGAAAUGUGAAUAUGCCAAGGACUAUUUCAGAAUUCCCUCCCCUCUCCAACAGCUUAAUGGUCAUAAUUAUGAAGUCAGUUGAUGUUGUCAGAUCGUUUUUAAAUGAAUUAAUGGAGUGCAUUAUUUCUGAAGAAAUCAAAGGGAUUUUUAGUCUUUCAGCGACUGUCUGCAUUGUUAUUUUAAUUAAAGGUAAGCACAAAACUUCGCUUCUCAAGGAUGUUGCACCUGCCAUUCGGAGGAGGCUGAUAACAUGCAAGGAAGCUGCCACAGAAGAAUCUAUCUGCACUGAAAGCAAGGCUUUUGACACAGGCUCCUACGAUGCUGUUAAAUUGUUAAACGGCAGAAUGAGAGCCUGGAUGGGUGGAAAACAGGCUGGACAGCAGGCGUGGAGAGCGAGGCUGCUGCGUGCCCCAGCUGCUCCUCGUGGUCCUGGUGGCCUUCCUCAGG